CAAAGUUGAACAGAAAAAGGCAUCCUGUGGUCGCACCUUAAUGUUAUCCGCCAGUAGUGGCUGCACUCCGUCAUGUUUGUUAGCCCAAAACGUCGGGCGUGGAGUGUACGUGUUAUUCUGUGAAACAUAAAUUUUGUGAAAAUGGUUACUUGUGUUGCCUACGGUUGCACAAAUAGAAGCGGAAAGUCAGGUGCUACGUUCCACAGCUUCCCGAAAGACAACGCAUUGAGACGCUUGUGGAUCAAGGCAUUGCGACGAAAAGACUGGGAACCGACAAAAUCUAGCAAAAUAUGUUCCGAUCAUUUCCGUGAAGCUGACAUUGAUCGAACGUCGUUAUUGUGUGUUCGUAUUAGAGACGGUGCAGUGCCGUGCAUUUUCUCAUUUCCGGCACGUAUGCAGAAUGAUUCCGCUACAGACGAUGGUAGUAAUAGUGCAUCAAACCUCAUGAUGGAAGUGGAGGAAAUACCUGCUCCUGUUAAUGGAACAACAGAUAGUGCCAGUAUGAAUAAUAAGCAGGGACAGAUAAUUGAUGUGGAAAUGGGCUCCCAUGGGAGCACAUGCUGCAAUUUUGAGUGUGAGGAACGUGAGAACCUUUUCAGGCCAAGUACUUCAGCACUAUCAUUCUAUGGUUUGAAGUACAGUAAAGGCAGACAUUACAGGAUAUGUGAUAAGUGUUCUAUGAAAGCUCAAGAGCACUUUGCUGGUCUAGGAAAAGCAAUGAUGAACAAUCAGUCAAUUCUGUCUGCUGAUUUUCCAAAACCUAGUGAAACUGUAUUCCUUGAAGAUUCAGAUGAAGAGGAAGGGGAAGAUUCUGACAAAGACUGUGUGCUAUCUGAUGGUGAUGCUGAAUACAUAGUGGAAAAUGUAUGUCCUGUUUUGGAGUCAACUUUCUCCAAGUUUGACUGGCAUUUCCAGUUGGAACAAGGCACUGAGUACCUUAUGGACGUGAUGGACAAACAAGAAAAGGAAGCAAAAAAGUUUACAGAUGAAAUAGAUGAAGCCCAGAGAAUAAUUGAUAGAUUCAGAAGAGAGUUUUAUGCAGCUUGCAGUGCACCAAUUAAGGAGCUCACUCCUGUUGAAAUUAUUGAUGCCUUGCCGGGUGACUACGCUUCAGGAAUGCAGUCACCAUCAUCCAACUAUCCUGGGCAUUCGAAAAUGUCUCCUACAAGUUCAGCUUUUGGUAUGAGGAGCCCACGUAAAAACAUUGCCUUGGGUGUUGCAACUAAGAAAGUUACACCACUACACAGGAUGCCAAUAAAAAGUUCCAAAUAUGAAACUUCACAGGAAGUUGUUGCCUUGGAUGAAGUAAGGGUGGACCACAAACCAUUACCGCCAGUGGGGAUGGUGCAUAAACCACGACCUGCCCCAGGCGAGAUUGUGUUUGUCAUGAAGUAUGGAUUUCAUGGUGCUUGGACACAGGCCAGAGUAGUUGAACAUGUUCAGAAAUAUGAAGAUUCCACUCUUCAGUCAGCAUACAAGAUUCGUUACGAGUACCGCAAAUCAUCUUACCUGAAAGUGGUCCCAGGAAAACAUCUUGCGUAUUCAACACCAAGCAAAGUAAGGCUGCCUGUUGGCACACGAGUUAUUGCGUUAUUUCAAGAUGAAGGCCCAAAAGAAAAUUAUUAUGCUGGGGUUAUUGCUGAACCUCCAAAAUCAAUGAAUAAAUACAGGUACCUUGUAUUUUUUGAUGAUGGAUAUGCCCAGUACAUACCACAUGAGAAAAUUUUAGUUGUUUGUGAAUCUUCACGGUAUGUGUGGGAGGACAUGCAUCCAGAGUCACGGUCAUUUAUCCGUAACUAUCUGGAGCAGUAUCCUGAAAGACCCAUGGUAAAACUACAGGUGGAGCAAAUUGUCAAGACUGAGUGGAAUGGGAAGUGGUGGGUGGCUCGAGUGCAGGAGCUGGACUGUUCCUUAGUGAAAAUGCGAUUUGAUGCUGAUUCUCGAACAGAAUGGAUUUACCGUGGCUCAGCAAGACUUUCACCAUUGUUUGUGGAACUUUCACAUGCACGGCGUAUACAUGGGGGGACAGAUACUUUACGACGUCAUAGAGGUCUUGGCACUGCGUCUCUCAAGAAAAGAAAUAUGCCAUAUGUGGAAUAUACACGCACAGAAGUUGACGAUAACAAGACUGAGGAUGUAGGCAGAGAUGAUGAUAGUAAGUCUUCCCUACCACCUCGUGCAGUAGCUAGAAAGAGCACCUCAAGACAGUCGGAGAACUAUACUGAUGAAAGCAGUCGUGUGAAGACACACGAGACAGAACCAGAGUUUGGCCGUAUUGAGUAUUUACAAUUGGAUACAAACUAUAGACCAAAGUACUUCAGACCUCAUCAGUGUUCACCAAGUUGCAUUUCAUGGGUCCCAUAUGAUCCAGAAGCUCUGAAAGGACAAAAUCCUCUUGCAAUUCCAUUGCUUUGUGGAUGGUACAGGGAAAUUGUCAAAGGCCGUGGACGUCGCUCUAUUGCUUACCGCAGCCCAUGUGGUAGACGAAUCCGCACAAUGGAAGAACUUCACCGGUAUCUACGAUCUGUGCGUUCAAAGAUGGGAGUUGACCUCUUUGACUUUGAUUUCUGGGUCCAUUGUUGUGCUGAGUUCGUGUUAGAAAAAGGCUUCAGUGAAAUUAAGGAUCUUUCGUAUGGUCUUGAAAAUGUACCAGUGUCGUGCGUGAACUGUGUAGAUCACAGUGUGCCAGACUUUGUCAACUAUUCCACGAAACGCUUGCCCAUGGAAGGUGUACCACUCAACCUUGAUCCAGAGUUCUUAACUGGAUGUGACUGUGAAGAUGAUUGUAGGGAUCGUAGUAAAUGUGCUUGUUGGCAGCUCACAAUUGGAGGUACAGCAUGUGUGCGAGGUGCUCAGCCAGAUUUCUCUGUUGGCUAUAUGAACAAACGUCUUCCAGAGCCUGUUACAACUGGAAUUUAUGAGUGUAAUGUAAGGUGUAAAUGCUCCAGUACGUGCUUGAACCGUGUUGCACAAUUUCCUCUUCAGCUGAAACUCCAAGUUUUUAAGACUGUAAGGAGAGGCUGGGGAAUACGCUGUCUCAACGAUAUCCCACAGGGCUCAUUCAUCUGUGUGUAUGCAGGUCGUCUACUGACAGAGCAAGGUGCAAAUGAGGGCGGCAAAAAUUAUGGAGACGAGUACCUGGCAGAGUUGGACUACAUUGAAGUUGUUGAAAGAAUGAAAGAAGAUUAUGAGAGCGAUGUCCCUGAGGAUGGAGAUGUCGACAUGGCAGAACCAUUCUCUCCCAAGAAAACUACAGAUGCAGAGAAAGAUGAUAAUGCAAAUGACGAUGAAGUUUCCUCAAGCACUGAGGAAGAAGUGGACAAUUUAGAUCUUCAUGACUCAGAUGAAGACUUCCGCCCCGGAAUGAAAGUCUCAGACUUAAAAGCAACAAGUGAUGGCUCCAUAAGGACACGUCUUCGUAAUAGACGGUCAUACCAGGAAUCAUCGGAGAACAUCAGUCAGAGCAAAGAAACUACAAAUGCUCGUGCUAAGAAACUGAGGAGUAACUCAAAGCAGAAGUCAUCAGAACCAGCCACUUCUCGUGCAGUAGAAGAUGAAUGCAUCACACUAAGUGAUGAUGACGAAACAGAUGGAGUUCGCCUGCCAUCCAGUUUCACUCCAGGUGUGAACGUCUCUGAUGCUGAAAAGAAGUCAAAAUACAAGUCAGUAAGGGAACUCUUUGGUAAAGAAGAGUACUGUUACAUUAUGGAUGCUAAGAAUGCUGGAAACAUUGGCCGCUAUCUAAAUCACUCAUGCUCGCCAAAUGUAUUUGUGCAAAACGUAUUUGUGGAUACUCACGACCUUCGUUUUCCUUGGGUUGCUUUCUUUGCGCUCACAUACAUACCAGCAGGCACAGAAUUGACAUGGGAUUACAACUACGAUGUUGGUAGUGUGCCUGGAAAAGUGUUGCACUGCCAUUGUGGAGCUGAAGACUGCCGUGGACGUCUACUUUGAAUGGUGUGUGUGUGUGUGUGUGUGUGUGUGUGUGUGUGUGUGUCACCACAUAGUAUAACAAAGACAAAUUUACGGUGCUUUGUCGUCAAUAAUAGACACUGCCAUGGACCAUAUAAAGUAUGAGUUUCUCUUCAGGAGUUUACAAGUAGUUUUUAUUUAUUAUCUGUUUGUGGAAGAACUGAAAAAUCUCCUAUGAUUAUCAAUGUUAAAAGAAAAUGUUUUAUCGUAUAAUUAUCGUUAAAAUAUUAUUUGACACUCAGGAAAGUCUCUGCCAGAAAUGAUUGUAGCACAAUAAGAAACAUACAUUUAUUGAAUAUAUUUUAUAUUCCUUAUAUGUUAAAAGUAUUCAGAAAAGUGGAAAAGUGUAUUGACAGUACUUCUCUUCUGUUUUAGUGGUAUUAAAUAGCAUUGAAUCAGUGACUAUUUUUGUGUGUAAUUUAAAGUGAUACAUUGUUUCUCCAUAUAUGGGAAAAAGAGGAUACAAGCAAGCAGUUCUAAGUGAAACUGAUCUCCAGCAGCUGCAUACAACGCAGUGUUGACCUUCCUGGUUGCCUCCCACACCCACCGAGUGCAAUAUCUGUAGCUACUUAAGAUUUUGUCUCCUGUGUGAUGUUUGUGGCAGCAGUAGAGGUCUGCUGAAACUUCAUUUUGUGUAAUAUUAAUGUUUCAAAAGAAAAUGAAAUGUAUGAUUGUAUGGAACAGAUUUUUUAAUAAAAAGAUUUGCCAAUC